AUGGUCAAAGUCCUCAUCUCCCUCAGCGUGUUCGGCGCUGCCGCUACGGCUGGCUCCGUCACGGAACUCCCCGAGUCUGUGACGAAGCUCAUCGACUACUCCGUCAACCCCUGCGACGACUUUUACCAAUAUGCGUGUGGUGCGUGGCACAAGGAUGCUGUGAUACCCCCCGACGAAUCCCAAAUCGAUACGUCGUUCUACGAGAUCUCCGAGCAAAACGUAGCCCUAGUGGAGAAGUUUAUCACUGACAAUACGACCAAGCUUGGUAAGUUUUACCACUCAUGUUUGGACACGGCUACGCUAUCGUCGCUCGGCGUGACUCCGCUGGAGGACUCGUUCAAAGCCAUUCGGUCGGCCGACACCACGUUGGACCUCCUCAUUGUGGCUGGUGAAUUGGCCAAGAACGGAAUCCCUGCCUUCGUGGACAUCGUCUCCAGACCUGACGAGAACGACUCGACCAAGAACGCCCUCUUCGGUAUCCGAGCCCCUCUGCCGCUGGAUCGCUGGUACUACACCACCCCUUCCGAGUGGGAGUUCGUCGAAGCCGAGUACAAGGUGUACAUUGCGUCGGUGUUGCAGCUAGCUGGCUACACUGCUGAGCAAGUGGCGGCUGCCGUGCCGGUGAUCAUCCGUUUCGAGCAAAAUCUGGCCGGUGUCGCCCUCAGGGAGCUCAAGGAGAUGGAGGCCGCUGUGUCUCGCUAUACUGCAUUUACGUUCAGCCAACUGGACCAGAAAUACCCGCUGCUUGUCGGCUCGUGGCUCAAGGCCCAUGGCUUCGACAUCUACGACCAGUCGGGUGGUUCAAACGACUGGGUAGGGUUUACGGACUUGAGCUACUUAGACGACACCGAAGAGUUGUUGAAGAACACGCCGCUGGACAACCUCCGCACCAUCGUGGAGUACAAGUUCAUCCACGCCUCGUCAAAACACUUGAACCCUGAAUUCCGCACGGCCAACUGGAACUUGUUUGGCAAGAAGAUCAAUGGUGAAAGCGAUGAACCUUCUCAAAAAUUGUUCUGCUUCACUGAGACGCACUCCAUCUUGGGGGAUCUCUUGGGCCAGUACUUCUUAGACGCGGUGUGGUCGGCUGAUGCAGCCAAGACGGCUGACGAUCUGGUGAAGGCCUUGAGGUCGUCCUUCUCCACUAGCAUUGCCACCUCCGACUGGUUGGACAACUCGACCCGCGCCAAUGCGCAAACGAAGCUGUCCAAGCUUGUACACUUGUUGGGUGGCCCGGAAAAGCCACAGCUGUACCCCACGCUGACGUUGGACUUGAAGUCGUAUUUGAACAACCGGUGGAAGGUGUCUCAAGUGAACAUCGACACCAACUUAAAGCUGAACGGCCAACCUGUGAACACGCGCAAGUUCGACCAGUUCACCUAUGAGGUGAACGCGUUCUACAUCGUCGACACGAAUCGAAUUUUGCUUCCGGCCGGCGUUUUGCAAAAACCAUUCUUUGACGGCCAGUUUGACGCCGCCCAGAACUUUGGUGCCAUUGGGACGCUCAUCGGACACGAAAUCACCCACGGGUUCGACAACCACGGCCGUAAAUUCGAUGGCGACGGCAAGUACAACGAGUGGUGGUCGAACGACGCAACCAUCACUGCGUUCGAGACGAAAUCCGGGUGCAUUAGCGACCAAUACUCCAAAUUUGUCAUCAAGAGCGAUUUGACUGGCGAUGUGUUGGGCAAAUACACCGUCCUGUUCUCUUUGGGUGAAAUCAUUGCGGACAACGGGGGUCUCAAGACCAGUUUCCGCGCAUACCACGAGUACUUGAAGGAGUUUCCGUCCCAGUACACGGAAGAAGUAGGGGACAAGUUAUUCUACUUGUCGUUCGCCCAAUCCUGGUGCUCCAAGACCACAGAUGCUCGCCUCCUUGGGAAUGCGUGGAAGAAGCACCCGCCCAAUCGGAUCCGCGUGACAGGGGCGUUGCAAAACGACGCUGAGUUCGCCCGUGUAUUCCAGUGCCCCACCGACUCGAACUUGAACCCGUCCAACAAGUGCUUGUUGUGGGAAUAG